GAACCGUAAAUCAAUAAAAAAAUAAACAAGCAAUAACAGUACAAAUAGGUGAAAAGUUUAAUGGAAAACGCUAGUUAAAUGAAGCAAAAACAGUACAAAUGACUGCAGUGAUACAGUGUUCAGUAAGAUAACGGCACUGCUAAACCUUUCCGACAAAACUUCAGAGGGCAUUUGCUCCUUGUUUUCCAUUGUGCAAGAGUCGCAUAGGAGGUUACCGGCGAUUGGAUUACAUCAGCUGGUGGAUCAACGUGCUUUUCUGAAACCUCCUCACCCGCGAACGGAACGGUGUAACUGUUUCCACUUGCAGCAGCCCAGCUCAAGCUAGAUGACUUCCAAAGCAGCCGAAACAGCGGACGGUAAAACGCCCCACUCACCGCCAAUUCCCAACGCUGUGAUCGAUCGGAGCGAUCGGGAAGGGGAUGAGAAGCAGUGGGGCUACGAUCUGUACCCGGAGCGGCGGGGCGAGAAGUACAAGCCGAGCUGGGGCCGGGUACUGCUCGGCAUGGAGGGUACGGAGAGCCUGGACAAGAUAAAGUGCGAACGCAACGUGUACGCUUGCGUGAAGAAAAGCCCCAUGGUAAAGCUGAUGAUGGCUGCGCUGAAAUCUUCCGGUUGUGAGAUUGAUAUUCGACGGCACAUUGCGUGCGAGGUGUGCGACACAUCGGUCAGCGGUGGGUACGAUCCGGUACUGAACCAGGUCGUCGUCUGCCAGAACAUUGCCCGCAACGAGGGCAUCGUGCAGGGCGUGCUGACGCACGAGAUGAUCCACAUGUUCGACUACUGCAACAACAAUCUGGACUUUAAAAACAUCGACCACCUGGCGUGCACGGAGAUCCGGGCGGCCAACCUAACGCACUGCUCGUUCCUGAGUGCGUGUACGCAGGGCGAUGCGUCCCCGUUUAAAAUCAAGCAAGCACAUCAGGACUGUGUUAAAACGAAAGCCCUCAACUCGGUGCUGGCCGUGCGUAAGGUAACGCCGGAGGAGGCGAUCGCUGCGGUCGAGCGCGUGUUUCCCAAGUGCUACAACGAUCUGGAACCGAUCGGACGCCGGAUACGAAGGAACUCCAAGGACAUGUACAAAGCGUACAUGGAGGGUCCAAUGUAUGGGUACGAUGUGGACUAGCCUCGUUGCGCUUGUUCCCGUUGACGUGGUUGUUCGAUUGUUUUAGCAUUUUUUUAUUGGAGGUUUGUAAAAGGC